CAUAUGAUUAAUUGAGUAUUAACUAUUUUAAAUUGCAAAAAUAGAUUAAUAUGAUUUUUUAAAGCAACUUUCCUAUAGAAAAUUUUUGCAAAAAACACACCGUUUAGUAGUUUGGGAAGCGUGCGCUCGGAAAAAGACGUGCUAUCUCACUCAUUGUCCAUGGAACGAACGCAUACUCUCCUUUUGAUGUCACUGGUGCAGCGCGCAAAGCCCGCGUUUGACUCUAGUCUGGUUUAAGAGAUGUAGUUUGCAACUACGAAGAACCAACGGGAGGGUCAAGCUGUCAGGGUUAAAUAGCUGGAAAAACAAGAAAACGGGGAAAAUGAGAAAUGACUGGCAUAAAACGAAGUAAAAAGUACGAAUUACCCCCUUGAACUAUCGUGACUGUUCGAAUUACCCCCCUGAACCACAAAACCGGACAUUCUUCACCCCCAACUAUGUAAACCGGACGAAUUACCCUUCGACUCAAUCUACAGUGGUUUUGUUCUACGUGGCAGUCCAGUUAGCAUUUUAUUUUUUUAAUGGUGGGACCCAUGUGUCAGACUCCACUUUCUCUCUUCCUCUAUCUCUCUCUCUUCAUCGGUCAGCGGCGCGCACGUUGGCGGCCAGCACGCAUGGCGUGGCGCGGGGAAGGGCGAUGGGUAGCGACGCAGGGGCAUGCUGGCGGUUGGCGCGCACGCGGCGCGCGGGGAGGUGGAGGGGAUGGGGGACAAGCGGGCGCCAACGGCCAUGGCGGAGAGGCGAGCCAUGGCCGGAAGCAUCGGGAGGAGGAUGGGGGACGGCGGACGGAGGCGCGCGUCAGGAGCUGGAGCGGCGUCGGGAGGAGGACGGGGAGGAGCAAGAGAGGCGGAAGAGGGAAGCGGCGGCGGAGGAGGAGGCCGUUCCCGCGACCGCCGCUCGCCAUUUCCUUUGCGCCCACCUUCUGUCCCGGCGGCCUCCCGCCUCAGGUCGCGCCCUCGUAGCCUACCGGUUGCCCGUCGCACGGAGGGGCGGGCGGCGGACGGUGACGCCCGGGGGCGGACAGUGGAUGGCGGCGCGUGGGAGCGGGCGGUGGGCGCCGGACGGCGACGCGCGGAGGCAGGCGGUCCCGCGCCUUGAGACGCUCAACCAGGGCGUCCACCACGUCCCCGAUGCUGACCACCUGCUGGUGCCUAGCGGCGGCGCCGCCAUUGUUGGCAUGGCGGAGCAGCUGCGUGGGCGAUGCGGACGCCGCCAUCACCGGGGAGGUGGGGACUGGGAACGGCACGGCGCGGUUGACGCCGUGGCGGGCAUGGCGCUCGCUGAUGGCGACGGUGAGGCAGCGACGCGGGAAGAGCGUGGCGAGCAGUUCCCCGUGAAAAUGAUGACGCUCUUGCACCUGGAGAAGGAGACCGGGGAGCAGCAUACGUAGGUGGUCUCUACGAGCUGUACGCGACGUUGCCGCCAUGCGGAGAAGGAGGAGGGGGCUAGAGAUGGCCUUAUUCUUCAUAUGCUGUAGCUGGACGAGCGGUAUUAGUCGAUGCAGUCCUCCGAGUCGUAGGCGAGCUCGCGGAGCUGCUUCAUCCACUCUAGGACGAAGUGGUCCACGUUGUUUACGAGGUUCUAAGCCGCAUUCUGCAUGCUUUGAUCUUGGUUGGCUGGAAGCUAGUUUGGCGGCCGUGGCGGAGACGCGGACGGUGGCUGGAGGCGGCGGCGAGGCGGGGCCGUGGCGGAGAGGCAGGCGGCGAGGCGCGCCGACCCAGCUCCGGCCAUGGGCGCCGCUGUCCGCGCCGACUGCCACCGGAGCUUGACGAGCUCAUCGACCCGCCGCCGACUCCCACCACCCGCCCCCGCACGGCGCUGUGCGCGCCGACCGCCCUGAGCCCGACGGCGCGAGAGAGUGGGGGAGAGAGAAACAUGAGAUAGAUAAAGUAUAUAUAUGACAGGUGGGCCUCACAAUAAAAUGCUGACUUGAUUGCCA